AUGAAGAAUCAAAAGCUUAGUGACACACCGGAGCGGUUAGAUUCUCCCGCAUCUAUUCAGACCCCACUGGGAUUCGAACCCGAGUAUGUCGAAAACCUCCAGAACGAGACUAGACGUAAAUCAGACGGCUCUCCGGGUUCGAAGGCCUGCGACUCUUCGGCUGACGCUCGCACCCGCAACACCAGGAGCGCGCCACAGAUUAGAGGCGUCAACCGUACACGUUCCAGUUCGCGUUUACGAAGCCAAAGGCAUGGUCAUGGCAGUGUCCGGUCUGCAUCGGCCUCGCGUUCUUAUUUCAACAUGCAGACAUUGCAGGAUCGAUUCCCGUAUACGCAUUUUCUGCAAGACAUCAGCGUUCCAUCAGCGCUGUCGUUAUCCAAAUACAUGUCGGACGAUUCUCACGCACUGCCCACUAUCACUUCACAAUGGCCUUCACACCCACCGUUAUUGCAGAACUCAUAUUCAGUAGCUGAUGAUUGGCAAACGAUACCAAAUAAUUGCAAUGUCGCGGAUGCGCGAUGUCGCCAGCUGAACCCGGAUUCACGACCGUCGGCUUCUCAUUUGCCGCCUCAAAAUCUAAAUCUCCAGUCUCGAUAUGAGAUGAACGACAUACACCAUCAUGUGCCGCACCAAAAUAUCUCACAAAUGCAUUCAAACCGCCUUUUGAACGAUGAACAAAACAGGCCCACCAUGUCGCCCGCAAAUCAAUCUUUAGCAUCCGCUGGGAUGGUUCGUGAAUCAAGCUCGGACUUUGUUCGGCACCCAGAAAGCGGUUCAACAAAUAUCGUAAAUACCGGCACCUUUUUGCAGCAGCCUGCAUAUGAUACUUCCAUUUGGCCUCGUCAUCAUUCAGCUCCACAAUCUCUGGAGAUGAAACCCAGCAUAGAAGCGAAUCCUGCCUCAAAAAGACAGUGUCCGCUUUGCCACAAGAUUUUUUCUAGCUUCACUGCUGUGCAAGCUCACGCAUUAGUGCAUUCGGGUGACAAGCCGUACCUUUGUCCCUAUCCGGAUUGUGCGAAAAGCUUUAAUGUCAAGAGUAAUAUGGUACGCCACUACAAGCUGCACGCAAAGAAGUCAGAGACAGUAAGCACCCCAGAGCCCACUUCCAAGAGCCCUACCUGA